AUGAGUUCUUCCAUAUUGAGAAGAACAACUAUGCCUGCUUUCACCCCUAAGUGCAAAAGUCACCACCACGUCCGAUCCAUUAGUUUGCAGGCUCGAUCACAUCCUAGCACGCUUCGAAUUGAGGAAGAGCUGAAAAGGCUCAAAAUUUGGAAGCCAUCCUCUUCUUCAUCAAAGGCCGAGACAAUUUGCACUGGUUUGUCUGGCCUUGGAGAACUGUACAAAUGCAUUGAGGAGCUUCUCAGUUUACCACUGACUCAACAAGCUCUCUCCCAGAAUCAACACGAAAAAUGGGCAAACGAAUUGUUAGAAGAGUCUGUCCGUUGUAUAGACAUAUGCAGCAACACCAGGGAUGCAGUUUUGGCAAUAAAGGAAGGUCUUCAACAGCUUCAAUCUGCUCUUCGAAGAAGAAAAGUUGGUAAUACGGGCACUGAACUAGAUGUCAACGCUUACGCAUCCUCUAGGAAGAAGAUGAUGAAGGAGGCAGCAAAAUCACUGGCUGGACUGAAGCAAAGAACAGACAGCAAAUUUGCUGAAUCCACUCUCCCGGAUUCAGAUCACCACCUCUGCGCUGUUGUUCGAGUGCUGGGAGAAGCAAGUUUGAUCACCAGUUGGAUCUUCCAAUCGCUAUGGCUGUUUCUUUCAACACCAGUGGGCAAGCCAAGGCCUAGCAGAUGGUCACUAGUUUCAAGUCUGGUGCACAAAGGGGCGAUGGCAGGCGGCGAUGGCCAGAAGAACUGCCGGAACGAGAUGGAGGAGGUGGAGAUGGAACUGAACAGCUUGGUGUUGUAUGGUUCACAAGAAGAUUCUGUGGCAGAGAGGAUUCAAUCUGUUCUGGGAAGGUUGGAGGAUUUGAAGGGAAGCAUUGAAGGUCUUGAAAGUGGACUGGAAGGCCUCUUUAGGCACUUGAUCUACACAAGGGUCUCUCUUCUGAAUAUACUGUCCCAUUAGGCCAAUUGUAAUAGCCAUUUUAAAGUUUGCUGCAUAUUGUAGA